UGUAACCAUGAGCUGGGCGGUGGAGGAGUGGAAGGAUGGACUUCCAGGGAAAGCCCUGCAGAAGAUCCAGGAGAUGGAGGUCCAGCUGGACAAACUAAAGAAGGAAAGGUCACAGAAACAGUUUCAGAUGGACUCUUUGGAGGCCGCCCUGCAAAAACAGAAACAAAAGUCGGACAAUGAACGCAGCGAAACCUCUGCUUUGAAAAGAGAGAACCAGUCACUCCUAGAGUCCUGUGACUCUGUGGAGAAAGCUCGUCAGAAGGCAUGCCAUGACCUGGGAGUCAAAGAACAGCAGGUGAGCUACCUUGACGGUCAGCUAAACUCAUGCAGGAAGACUAUUGAACGACUGGAGCAGGAGCUGAAGAAGUACAAAAGUGAACUGGAUCGUUCUGCUGGCUCUUCCUCCUUGUCAUCAUCCUCCUCUGACAUUCAGCCUUACACCACUCCACAGAAAAGUUUUCCUACCCCAGCUCCUGUCCCGGCCUAUAGACAGCAGGACAACAGACUAGAGGAGCUUCAGCAGAAACACAGCCAGGAGGUGGAAGAAAGGCAAAGACUAGAGACCGAGCUGAAAGUUCUACAGGUCAAACUGUUGAAUCAGUCCUCAGUCAGUGUUGGCCACAAGGACAUUGCUGCUCGCCAAGCUGGGUCUUCCAUAUUCCCAUGGCAACAAAAGGAUCAGGGCCAUGGUCGCCUGGCUCUGGAUUCUAUGGAAACGCCUCUAAAAAGGCGGGCGGCCUCCAUGUGGGACGCUCACGAGGAGACACCCAUUAAAAGUAGCCAGCGGAUGAGCUCUUCAAUGGUGGCACAAAGUCCCAGUGGCUCCUCCCAUCAGGCAGAGCAGCUGAGGACCAUAAACCAAGAGCUGCGGGGCCGUGUGACGGAGCUGGAGAGGAAUCUGUCCACUCAGGAAAAGGAAAUUCGUAACCAAGCCUCCAAACUGCAGGAACUACAGACACAACUGAACCAGGCCCGCAAGGAGCUGACCGAGCGGGACCGAGACCUGGCCAAGUCCAGCCAUGAGCUGAGUCAGGCUACAGACAGACACCAGCAGGCUGUUUCCAAGUGUUCGUCCGUUGAGCAGAAGCUGAAACAAGUGACGGAGGAGAUGAACUGUCAGAGACACAACGCUGAGAGCUGCAGACGAGUCCUGGAGCAGAAACUCAAGGACCAAGAGAGAGACAGUCAAAAGGAGCUUGCCCAGCUGCAGAGUUCUCACCAGGCUUUGGACCAGCAGCUGAACCAGACCAGAACCAAGCUGACACAAGAGCUCCAACAGUCCAAAAAAGAACACAACGUGGUGCAGGCAGACAUGGAGAAGAUGAACUUCCAGAGGAGUCAGAUGGAGAGGGCAGUGGAGGAGCAGAAACAGAAACUUCUGAGGUCAGAGCAGAGCCUCCAGGCCAGCCAGACCAAAGAGCAGGACCUCCGCAAGAAAAUGGAGGAGCUGCAGAAAGAGAAGAACAGUUUGACUGUCCAGUUGGACCAGAGCAGCAGGCGCCUGAGUCAGCUGGAGGACGAGAAGAAGAGCGUAGACCAGAGCUUCAAACGCACCCAGGGGUUGCUGGAUGACCUCAAAGCAAAAUCAGAAGGACAGGCAGAGGAGCUGAAGAAACUUCAGACCAAACUGGAGCAGCAGACCCAGGCCUCAGUCAGGGACCUGGAAAACCUGAAGAAGACGCUCUCUGAUGCAGAGACCAAACAUGACAGAUCUCAGAACGAACUGCAGAAACAGAAGACGGAGACAGAGAGGCUUACCAACAAAUUGACUGUCCUCGAGAAGGAAACUCAAGAUCUAAAAUCAAACCUCACUGCGAGUCAGAGUGAGUGUAAGGACCUGAAACUAGAACAUCAAAGUCUGCUUGAGUGGAAGAAGGAAAAGGAGACGUUGAUUAAUGAAACUGAAGCUGUGCAGAAAGACUUCACCGACAAAAUUGGAAAUUUUGAGAACAGUGUCACCUUGCUGAAUGAGGCUAAUGAUGGACUUAAGAAGCAGGUCACGAGUGUGGAGGGAGACAAGGCCCGUCUGUCCGAUCACAUCGACUCUUUGAAGGGAGAACUCCUCAACAAGAGCACAGAGUUGGAGGAGAGGGAGCAUCAGUACCAGGAGCUCCAGUCGAAAUUAUCGGAGGCUGGAAAUAAACACAGCAAAGAUCUGGAGAAUGUUGGUGUGCAGGUGACUCAGCUUGAAGCUCAGGUCAAAGAUCUGGAGUCGCGUUUGCAAAAAGAAACGACUCGAGUAGAGCAGGCCGAGCAGACAAACAAGGAGCUGCAGGACGAGCACCAGGCAGCCUGUGACCUGGCUCUCUCCAAAGACCAGCUGCUCGAACUGGGCCAAGCAGAGAUCAGCCAGCUGAGAGAGAGCCUGACUCAAACCACCACACAGCAGGAGGAGCAAAACAUCAGGUUGACCGAGGAGAAGGCAGCCCUGAUGAAGCAGUGUGAGGAAAAUGUUUCAGCAAGGAUGGAGGAGGCCGAGCAGCUCAGACUGAAGUUGGAGGAGACUCAGCAAGAUCUACAACUCACCAAAAAUCAGGUCAGUUCUAUGGAUCAGUUCAUGAAGGUCCAGGAGCAGCUUGGAGCUGAGCUGCAGAAACAGAUUAAGACGCUGUCCCAAAAUGUAGAGGAACACGCGAAGAUGAACGAGAAAAAAUCCGAAGAGAUCAAGCAGUUAGAGGAGGAGCUGAGGGAUCUGCAGAGCCAAACGGAAGAGAGGGAGAAGCAGCUGAGAGAUGCUGAAGCUCAGAUUUCUUCUCUGGAGAAACUAAAGGAUGAGCUGGAAAAUUCACUUCAGGAGAUGAAGAAAGAGGCUGAGAACAUCCAGCAGUGUCAGACUGAGAAGAUCAACAACCUCCAGGAGCAGAUCUCGUCCUUAGAAGAGGAGGUAUCUGUGAGCAAAGCUGCAGUAGAGGAGCUCCUUGUGUUAAAGAAUGAACUGGACGUGAUCAACAAAUCCUAUGCGGACCUUCAAAAACAGCUAGAAGCUCUUGAGACGAGUCACUCCUCCACUGUUGAAAUCAAGUCCAACUUGGAGAACACCCUGACAGAGAAGAACAAUCUGAUCUCCAGUUUGGAGACAGAGGUCAAAGAGCUCACUGAGAAGAUGAGUAAAGAGUCGGAAAAUCACGCUUUGGAGGUUGAAAAUGCCCUCACCAAAGAGAAAUUCCUCAAAGAGAAGCUUGAAGCCGCUAAGAAAUCAGCAACCGCUUAUAAAGCGGAAUCGAGCUCUCGGCGGGACGAGAUCAGGACCAUGAAGGCGACUCUGUCUGCUGCUUCAAGCGGUUUAGAGGAGAGAGACAACACGAUCAAAAGUCUGAAAGAGAAGCUGAAUAAAGCCGAGGCGGAGCAGACCAAAACCUCAGAGCAACUGAAGGAGAAGGUGGUUGCCAUGAACAAAAUCAAGGUACAAAUGGAGAUGCUGCAAAUGGACCUGGAGGACAACGAGACGGUCAUGAACUCUUUUGAUGGUCAGGUUGAGGAGCUGAAGGGAACCAUCGAGACCCAGGAGGCUCAGCUGGCUCAAAACCAAAUUCAGAUGUCUGACAUGGAGGCAAGACUGGAGGACAGCAAAGCACAGGUGUCUGUUUUGGAAACCCGGUUAGAAGAGGUUCAGUCUCAGAACUCGAUGCUGGAGAGUCAGUACGUCACAGCGAGGGACGAGUUAAUGGAGAGAAGCUGUGAAAUAAGUCGCAUGGAGGAGGACGCUGUCAAAAGAAGCCAGCUGGAGGAGAGCGUUGCCACUCUAGAGGCUAACCUUCUUCAGGCCAGUGAGGAUAAUAUACAACUAGAGUCAACUCACAGGCAAAUCAUCGAGGACAAAGACAAUGAUCUGAACCAGUUACUGCAAGAGAAAAACAAUCUUGAGACUACUUUGAAACAGUUAACAGAUGACAAACUGCGAGCAGACGCUGAAAUGAUUCAAGUAAAUGCAGAGAAGAAAGAGCUGCAGACCAGUGUAGACGAGCUGAGAGAGCAGAACAAACAACUGCAGACCAGCAUCAUGGACUCCACUGAAGAGAAACAAGAAGCUGAGUCUACUCUUAGACAGGUUAUCGAGGAGAGAGCAAAGUUAGAUGUUUCUUUAAGUUUAAUGAAUGAGGAAAAGAUCCAGCUUGAGCUAAAGCUGUGUGAACUAACGUCUGAGAGCAAUAAGCUGAAGAGUAUACUUGAAGAAAAGCUUGAGCUGGAAGUUAACUUCAAGCAGCUGACGGAGGAGAACACCAAUCUACUAAGUCGCCUGAAUCAAGUAACUGAAGAGAAGCUGCAGUUACAAGAAAGCAUCGAGCUGUAUGAGAAUGAGAUGACUUCACUCAAAGAGGAGAAGAAGGACAUCCAGCUGUCCCUGCUGAACUCACAGCAGGAGCACCAGAGGCUGCAGGAGCAGCUGGAGAUGAGACACACGAGGUCUGAGGAGGAGAACAGGGAGAGGAGCCGACAGUCUGAGGAAGACUUAGCAGAUCUGCAUCAACAGUUGGGCGCCUUACAGAAGGACCUGGUUGUGUCGGAGCAGAAGCACAGUUCACUGCUGGAGCAAGUGGAACAACAAAAAAGCUUCAUACUGCUGCUCUCAGACUCACAGGGACCCCAGAACGAAGAAGACCAAAUCAGUGUCAUGGAGUCUGAUGAGAAAGAAACUGCUGGAGAAUCAGCAGCAAACAUUGACGCAGAACCAAAUGUUACAAGCGUCAGUUCAGAUAUUAAUAUUUCUGAAGUGGGUGAACUUUCCAUCCACGCCGAAGAAGCUUCCAGUGAGACAGAGCUGGUCUUCAAAGAGAACAUCCCUGAAACAGAGAUGACACAUGAACAGUCUGAUGAGGAGCUGGCAGCUUGUAUGGUUGAUGACGAGGCCGUGAGGGGGAACGAGGAGCAGCAGCAGGAAUCCUUUGACCAGGUUCCUGCAGACAUCAGUAGUCCUAAAGAGGCCCUUGAAAGUUCACCCUGUGAGUUUUCUCUGCCAUCACCUUCUCUCUGUGUGAGCAGAGGGUUAACAUCCACCGAGUCGUCCCUGGAACAAGGUGACUCGAACCACUUUGAGAAUGUUCUCACAAAACGAGAACACGAACUUGAGUCCCUGCGCUCAGAGUUUGACCUACUGAAAUCUGACCUCACGCUGAGGAUGGAGUUAAACUCUGACCUGGAAGUCCAAGUUCAAAGCUUGGAAAAGAGAGUUCAUGCAGCAGAGGAGCAGGCCCACAGUUCAGGACAAAAGCUGAAAAUCAUAUUGGAGGAGAAGAAAGGUGCUGCUGACCAGUUGGCCCAGCUGUCAGAGGAGAGAGAGACAUUAACUCUGCACCUGCAAACUGCUAAAUGUCAGCUGGCUGAUGUGAUGGAGAUGUUGGAAGGACUGGAGAUGGCAAAAGGUGGUUGGGAUGAGAAAUUCCUUCAGCAGGAGAGCGAGCUGAAGAGAGUCCGCUCAGAGAAAGCCAACUUGGAACAGCACAUCCUGGGCAUGGAGUCUGAUCUGGAGAUCCUGCACGAGGAGAGGACCAAACUGAAGGAGGAGAUGGAGACCCAGAGAAGGAUUUGUUCAGGCAUAGAGCAGCAGGUGGAGACACUUACGUCAGAGACAACCCAGCUGAGAUCUGAACUGGUGUCCUGCACUGAGGAGCGAGAUGACCUGAACCAGUCUUUGGGCCAGUGGAGAGAGAAAGCUCACAGUCUGGAGAAGACUAACUGUGAUACCAGAAACCUUAUAUCCAUUCUGGAGGAUGACAUCAGAGCGGGGAGGAAGGAGUAUGAGGCUCUGCAAAGCAGCAUGGAGAAACUGAACUCAGAGAGGCAACAGUUGUUGGAGCAGAUCAAGGCACUGGAGCAGGCGAUUUCCCAACAGAGCGGAGAAAGAGAGGAGCUCAUUGGACAGCUUGGCAGGAUCAAAGAAGACCACACAUCGGCCAAUCAAAACACAGAAUCCAUGGUUGGCAAGAUACAGGCUUUAGAAGGAGAAGUGUGUCGUCUCUCGCAGUCGCUGGAGUCCUCUCUGCUAGAAAAGGGGGAGAUCGCCUCUCGUCUGAACUCCACACAGGAUGAGGUCCGGCAGAUGAGGACCGGGAUCGAAAAGCUUCAGGUCCGCAUCGAGUCAGACGAAAGGAAGAAAAAGAAGAUGGGGGAGCUCCUCAAAGCUGCACAGAGAAAGUCUGACUCACUGCAGGAUCGCAUCGAUGCCCUGGAGCGAGAGAAGGAGGAUAUGGAGCAAAGUCUGGAGGAUGCUGUACUUCAGGCUGAAACCGCUAAAGCUGAGCUGGAGGAGGAAAUGACAAAGGUGGAGGAGGAGAAGAGAGACCUCAGUGAGAAACUCUUGGAGCUCUCUGCCACCUUGGACAAUCUGAGAUCUGUGAAAGACCACAUGGAGAGGGAGCUGGAAACCAAAAACAGGGAGAUAGAAGAACUGAAGGCCGCUAAGGAGGAGCUGGAGAGAGGUAUAGAGAAGGCAGAGGUAGAACGGAAAGAGGAAAAGGAAAGGCAGGAAAACAGGGUGGAAGAGCUGGAGAAAGGAAUGAGAGAGGAAGCUGAGAAGCAAACCAGACAAAUGGUUGACCUUCAGGCUCAGCUGGAGGCCUCGAGGCAGAGAGAGAUCUCUCUUGAACAAAACGGGGCUGAAACCGAAGGAGAAAGAGAGAGGAUGCAGUCUCUGGUGCUAGAGAUGGAGAAAGAGAAAACCUCUCUGGAGUCUUCUCUGGAGGAGUGGCAGAGAGAAGGAGAGAGGCUGCGCUCUCAGGGAGAGGAGUGGGAGAAAGAGAGAAACAACCUGAGGAGCAACAUUGAGGUUCUGGGAGAAGAAAUAAAGGAGCUUAAAACAAUCAUAAAGGCAAAAGAAGAGGAGCGAGUAGUGUCGGAAAAGGAGGAGGCAGAUCAGAGAGACGACAUCUCAACUCUUAUGGAGGAGAAAGAGAAGUUAGAAGAAGUCAACAGUCAGCUGGCAGAAGAGAAAGAGAAACUGCUUUCUACCCUGUCAUCAGUGGAACAAGAGAGAGAAAACCUGCAGUCUGCUCUGGGCUUGAUAGAAGAAGAGAAUGGACGAAUGGCGCAAGAGAAGGAGCUGUUCGCUGUGGAGAAAGAGAGGCUUCAAACUAGUCUCUCCUCGGCAGAGAAAGAAAAACAUGACAUGCAACAAUCUCUGACUUUAUUAAAGCAAGAGAAGGAAACAGUAGAAAAGGAGAAGGAGAAACUGGAAGCUGAAGAACAAGAUUUGCAGUCCUCUUUAGCUUUGACUGAAGCCGAGAGACGGCAGCUGUCUCUAUCUCUAUGUUCACUGGAACAAGAGAAGCACAGAGCAGAGGAGGAGAGGAAGAAGCUCACAGAAGAACAAGAGAGUCUUCAGGCAUCAUUAGCCUCUUUGGAAAAGGAGCUUGAGACACACAAGUUGUCUGUUGUACAGCUCAAUAAACAGACGUCCGAGUUAACGUCUCACGUUGCUCGUCUGACUAAAGAGAGAGACUCUGCUCUGAGCAAGAUGAGUCUUUGGAUGAAGACCUGCAAACAGCUGGAGCAGGAGAAGGAAGUGAUGUUGAACAGCUCAGGUGACAGUAGGAGCAGUGGAGAGGUGCAGUCUGAGGUGAACCAGCUGAAGAUGGAGGCUAAAGAGAGAGAGAAAGAGGUGGAAGACAUGAAGACGGCCUUGCAGCAGAACAGGCAGGAGACAGCUGAAAACACUAAGGAGCUUGAAGAACUGAAGGCUGCUCUUGAGGGAAGGAGAAAGGAAUUAGAGGAAAAAAACAGAGAGCUGGAGGAGAUGAAGAGCGACCUGGAUGAACUUAACACCCUCGUGGAGGAGAAGAGCAAGGAGGCAGAUGAGAGUAUGGAUAAAUACUGCAGCCUGAUGGUUGAAGUCCACAAACUGGAAGAGACCAAUGAUGCGCUGAGCACACAGCUGGAGCAGCUCACAGCUAGCACUAAAAGUACUCACCCCCGACGCUCAGGGAGGAAGUCUUCUUCCAAACAUCAGGAAGCAAAUCGAGAUGAGAAUACUGAGAACACGGCUCCUUCAACUCCUCAGAGGUCUCCUCAGGGCGCAGGGAAACGAGGUCACCAUGAUGUCAGCGGUAAAGACGGCGCGCAGGAGGCUCUGCACAACCUGACCAAGAAGAUCAAAGCCAACACUGUGACGACACCCAAACCCAAAACGGAGCAUGAAGAUGAGGAGUUCAGACCAGAGGGACUUCCUGAGCUGGUGCAGAGAGGGUUUGCUGAUAUUCCUCUGGGGGAGGCGAGUCCCUUCAUCAUGAGGAGAACCACAGUGAAGCGCUGCAGUCCUCGACUAGCUGCCAAACAGAGUGUUCCUAUGUCUGCAUCCGACGGCAAGGUUUUGGGGCCCAUCGACUUCCAGAGUCCCUCUGUAGACAGCUCAAACAGGAAGUGCAUUUCCCCGAGUGGAGAGGAGAAACUUCCACGUUGUUCUUUGACAACCGAGCAGAAAGAGAACCAACAAGGAGACAACUGUCACGUUCAGUAGAUCAAUGAACGCACACACUUACACUUUUGCACUUGUGAUUGUUUGUAGAAAUAUACACGUAUACACAGUCAUGGAUACAAAAAGAUUAUCACUCCACUAUUAAAGAAACAAAUAUUUCACUUUAUGUAAACACAUGUAUUUUAAAAGUAAGGGCCAGGUUAACACCGUCAUGUUUAAAUCACAACUUUAUUUCUUACUGUGUGCUUGUGUUUGUUGUAAAUUGAUUUUAUUUCCUCUCAAGUCUCUUUCCUCCACAAUUGCAAGAGAUAGACUUCUUCAGUGCUUAUGUUCUGUCGUUUAUAGUCAUGACAACCAAAAGAAAUCACUAACUGAUGAGGCAGGGUCACUGGCUACCCAUGUCAAAGUGUACAUUUCCUUCAUACAGUAGCUCCUUUUCCCCUCUUCAUUUAACUAACCCUCUGCUUCACCAUUGUUUUGCAAUGCCUCUGAAUGUAAAGCAGCCAGGUGUAUUAGUUCCUCUGCUUCUAUUCUCUGUAGCACUGUUCUCCUGUUACUGCUGUCCUGAACUUUGUACAUAGUAGAUGAUUUAUACAGCUCUUCUUCUCUUGUUAGCCACAUGAUGAUUUAUCACCUGAUUGCUAAUGGCAGCUAAAUCUUUUGUAGAAUUUCGUCUCCGUCUUUGGUCUAUGUUUUCUAGAGUUUUUUUGUCAAUGUCGAGAAAACCAGCACAGUGAAAAAGUAUUUUAGCUUUUACUUUUUUUUUUCUUGAGCUUCUCUCUCAUUUAACUUUGCAACAAAUGCCACUAGCAGUCGGCAUUUUGAUGUUUGUUUUAUGUAGCAAUAGGUCAGUGUCAUUUAUCAUUGUAAAUAUUUUCUGAGGCUAAAUGUCAUCUUUUUUUUCUUUUUUUAACUAAACAUUUUUAACUACUUUAUAACCUG